AGCAGCCUAAAAGUCAUUUGGAAAUGGGCCAGCGCCCUGCUAAACCUUCUUCCAUGUUUCCUUGCAUUAGUGCACAACACCCGUGAACUGAAGACGCGUCUCAUACGGCAUGUUUAAAGCCCCGCUGGUUUUCUGCGUGUCUACUUCAGUAGGUGACCGAGACACAUUAGCAAUCCCGUGCUUGAACGGGAAGUUGCAGUGUGGGAGCUGAUGAGAUCCCUGGCACAGAGUCCUGUUAGAGUCCGAGGAGAAGCAUCCUGCCAAUGCAGUCCUCCAGGAGGCAGCGUGCCACUGUCUGACUAGCCCGCGGCAGGCUCUCCACACAGGACCACCCAAUAACACUGCCCUUCAUCGUCCACCACCUCAAGAACUUGACCUUGAAUGAUUGAUUAAGAAGAAAGAGCAUCAUUAUGGAGAAAAAGGCCUCCAGCAGCCAGGCGUCAUCUGAAUGAUGAUGAAUCACACAGUUGUACAAAAAUAUGCAAAUGCCAUAAUUUCUUUCAAUAAUAAUGAAGGUUUGAAUUGUGAUAUCAACUCCUCUUUUUAUAAAAGUCAUGAGAGUAAGCAUAAUGGGAAUGAUGUCAACUGCCAGACUAAUGGUAGAGGAGAUGUAUGUGCUGCUGUUAGUAUGGUUCCCUCCAAAGUCCUAUUGAAAAGGGAUGAAAUGAGUGUGGACACCUCCCAAAAAACUUCAUUGGGCAAGAAGGUAAUGCAGGUCCAGCCUGAGCCAGAUUCAAUAAAAGCAGUUGUUUCAAAAGAGACAGUAGUUUCUAAGGCAGAGGAGGAUGGAUGUUUGGAAAAAGAAUCAAAUCAAGAAGAAGAAAAAAGUAUUUUGAAUGAUUUCUGUGUCACAGGUACUAGCCAGUUCAAGCACAUGCCACUGGUUGAAUGUUCAGCCGAAAAUCAAAAAAUAAUUGUGAGCACAAGACAGAAAGUGACUGAUCAUAAGCUCAGAGACUCUGUAAUGAAGGAAGGUGCAGAAGGAAACACAUUACCUGAUGAGCCUAAGCCAUAUCUGAACAAAUCUGAAGAAAACAAUCAAGAGGAAAUUGUAUCAAACACCCAGUUGGUUGGUGGCACAAUGGCUUCAAAAGCAAUAAAAGACAAUGAUUUUAUCAUCAGUGAACCAAAUGAGGAAGGUAUAUAUGGUUAUAAAAAGACAGACAAUGAGUCCUCAUCACAUGCAAGCCAUGACAUCUCUGCUAUAAAUGUAGAAAUGUCUACAGUGGCUGUAAUCAAAAAAGAUGAACCGAUUCCAGACAUGAGCAAAAAUAUGAACAUUGACAAGACAGCUGUAAAGGUUGCCUUAUCCACAUGCAGACAUGAUAAAAAUCAGCCAGUCAGUGCAGCCUCAGAUUCUGAAAAGGCUGGAGACAAUGUCACAGAGAACAUUCAGAAAAAGACAAUGCAUCCAAGAGAGUUAACACUAACCAGCAUUUCAAAUCACAAUAUGAUUCCAACAACAAGCCAAAACACCCAGGAACAAUCCAAUGAGUCAGGGAAAAUGGUCAAUUUGUCUAGUAUUGAGCAAAUCCAACAAAUGAACUCAGAGGUGCAAGAAGUGAAGUCUUUAGCUGUUUUUAAUUGGCAGCACAGUGAAGAAUGAAGACAGUGAGAAUAUCCCUUGUUCUCUAAUGAUGACAACUCAAGCUCCAUCACCACUCAGACAGCAUGUUGAGAUUCAAGUCUGCCUGGGUGUACCAUGCAAGUCAGCAGCCACCAGCCCCAUGACUCCUCCUGAAGGCUCUCCUGCUUUCAACUUUCCUUCCUAUGACAUGAACUGUACAGUGCCCAUUGUUCCAGUUAUUAAACCCCCUACUAAGGAUGCGGAAUUACAAGUGGGAAUGCACACAGAAUCCAAGUCAGUUGCCACCACUCCCAUGAGUUCAGGAAGAAAGUCACCCCAAGUUCCUUAUCCUGAAAUUCACAUAAAAGGAGCUACAGAAGAUGACCUACCUGAGCCAGUACGUGAGGUGAGGUGGGAUGAGAAGGGCAUGACCUGGGAUGUUUAUGGAGCCUCAAUGGAAGUGGAGGUGCUGGGAAUGGCCAUCCAGAAACAUCUGGAAAAACAAAUCGAAGAACAUGAGAAGCAACUGCCACCUCGUCAUCCAAAUCCAGCAUUACAGCGAGGCGGUUCUCUGAAAGCUUCAGAGGUGACAACUGAAGAGAAAAGACAGCAACGGAGUCUCCUGCAAAUGCUAAUGCAAAACUUUCGGCGACCACAGUGUUGUUCUAGGCGAAAUACCAUUGAGUGAAAAAAUUGUUCAAAGAGGUGACAACACUUUGUUUUUAUUCAGACUAUUAUGUACUCCUGAGUCAUUCACUUCUUUCCACUUCUCUGACAUGUACAACUACUAGAUGGCUAUGAUACAGCUUGAGUACAUUUUAUGUGAAUCAAUAUCAGUGUUUUGUAUUUUAACAAAAUUGAGUGUUUUUGCACCCUGUUAGUAUUGUCUUGCUGUGACCUUUAUUGUUGCAGAAUAAACACCACCUGUCUAAAGUCUCUGAUCAUAAAUAAUAAACAAAUAUGCCUAAUGAGCAAAGAGGUUAUUUAUUGGCUGUUUGCUGUAUAACUGCACAUAAUAAAUAUAACCAAACUUUUGCAAUCCAUAGUCAUGGAUUUCAAAGUUCCUCUUUUCUUACUAUUCACUACUUAUAUUUCUGUUCCUGUUUGUUCUCUGUCAGGAUGCAUGGCCUCUCUUAUAUAUAAAUGAAGUUCUUUCUGGAGUUGUAAAUAGUAGCCUUCCAUUAUGAAUCAUAUGCUUAUGUGGAUAGCAUCAUUGUGGAGACCUAAAAACCUUGAUUGGAGACAAAGUUAUCUGGUCUAUUUAUGGUGCAGAAGAAGUUGGAGAAGAAAUUAAGAAAAUUUUACUCAAUGGAAAAUAUUCUUAUCAUAUUUAAAUGUUCCUUGUUGGGCGAGAAGAGAAUACAUGAACAAAUGGAUUUUAAAAGCAAGAAAUCA